AUGGUUUCGCUUUGCCCGCAGUCCCUGAGCGACGGCGAGCCUGACUACAGCUCCAGCUUCGCUCCGCGCGCAGGCGCUGGGCAAGAGGGCGCAGUUCAAGGCUAUCCAUCGGCCACCUCCACCUUUGUGGUGCGAGAGCAGGCGCGUGACGGGAACUGCCUCUUCCGGUCCUUCUCAGACCAGGUCUACGGCUGCCCGGACUACCACGCACUCGUGAGGGACAGGUGCACCAAGUACAUCGCGAGCGAGCGGAACUACUUCCGCCAGUUCGUGGCCGAGCCAUUUGAAGAGUUCCUGGCGCGAAUCCAGCGUGAGGGCGAGUGGGGUGAUGAUGUGGAGAUCGAGGCGUUGUCGGAGAUUUACGACUGCCGCGUCGAGAUCUAUGGGGCUUACGGCCACUCGCUGAUGCGAACCUUCCACGAGGCGUGCCAUUCCAAGCGGCUGCAACCCAUCAGGCUGCUCUACGAGGGCCAGUCGCACUACAACUCCCUGGCCCCCCGCAGCGGGCACCGGCCUUUGCUGCUGCAGCGCCCGGGCGAGCUGGAGGAUGCCGCCAUCAGCAAGUCCCAGCGCCGGAACGAGGCCGGGCUGCGCCGGGAGGGCGCCUGCGAGGCGGACGCGCAGCUCACGGAGCAGGAGGUCUUCGAGGAGUCCAUCCGCCUGAGCCGCAUGGAGUUUGAGCACAAGUCCGACGCGGAGAUGGAUUCGGCUCUGCAAGACUCUCGUGCCGACUGGGAGAAGUCCGAGCGGAAGCGGAUGGAGGAAGAGGUGGUGGACGCCAUUUUGCAGCAAUCGGUGCUGGAGGAGGAGCAGAAGCAGCUGAGCAUGGCCAUGAAGGAGUCGAAGGACGAGGUGAUCGAAAGCCGCCCGGACUUCGCAGCGCUCUACGGCCUGGCAGUCAACUCCGACGCAGUCCAAGGCUCUUCCUCCUCGUCUGCCCAAGAGAGGGACAGCCGGGAGUUUCAGUACCCCGAGAGUGUCUAUGCCGUCAUGUCUAUGGGCUUCCCCCUGGAGAGGUGCAUCCAGGCCUAUCACCUCGUCGGUGACAAUCCUGAGGGCAUCCUUCAGUUCUGCUGCCAAAGUCUGGGCAGAUAG